UUUGAUUUACUUUUUUAAAUUGUUUAAAAUCUUGGUUUUUGGCUGUUGUUGACUCUCUGCUCACCUAAGCUUGGAGCUAGUGUUGGACAGCUUGUACUAGCUGGAAGAGGAAAAAAAAGUAAAAGCAAAACCUAGAAAACAGUAGAAUGUCGCCUUGAAAAUCGAAAUGUCGAACUUGUGCGUCGGUCGUAAUUUGGGUUUGGGAAGCCUAUUCAACUUUCUAUGAAGUUUCUACUUUGAAAGGGCGUCACACAGGCUGCAAGCUGCACUGGCAGCAGUAGCAGUGUAGCAGCAUGAUUGCACCAGGCGAGCCAACAGCAUCCCCUCCGCAGCCUGGCGCUGAGGACGGUGAGGACACGAGCCCCCCACGCCCAGCGAGUCGAGAUGGCGGCGACGUGGACGAGGCCAUGGACGUGCCGGCCCCGGUGGACGCCCUCCCGGACGAGGUGCUGCUGCACGUGCUUAGCUGCGUGCCCGUGGCCGACCUGCUGCUGCGGGUGCCGCUGGUCUGCAAGCGCUUUCGCCGCCUCUGCUACGACCCGCAGGUGUGGCGCCACCAGGAGCUGCACUACCGCGCCUGCAUGUCGGACGAGGAGUUCGCCGAGCUGGUGCGCGUCGUGCCGCUGCCGCGCCUCGGCAAGCUGGACCUGACCGGGAUAACGGCCGGCAGCGUCGCCGAAAAGGCCAUCGAGAAUGCCAUCGUGGAGCCGUACAGCGCGCGGGGCCUGAAGCUGGUGCUGAGCGACGAGAUGGACUGCAGUGUGGCGGCGCAGCUGGUGGCGCGGCUGCUGGACUCGUUGACGUCGCUGCACGUCGGCGCGCUGCCCAUGAAGCGCGAGAGCUACUUCCGCCUCAUCCGCCUGGUGCGCGAGUCGACGCGGCUGCGCGAGCUGCGCCUGGCCGCCACCGUGGAGCUGCCGCUGCAGUCCGCCUACGUGUACUUCAACGACUGCAACCGCGACCACGCCGACUGGGAGUGCCACGACACUGUGGAGCGGCUGGAGCUCUGGAGCGAGGGCGGCGAGAUGUCGCUGGCCAUGCAGGCAGGGGCGUGCUGCAUCCUGCGCACCAACAAGAAGUCCCUGCGCUUCGUGAGCCACGAGUACAUGAGCAGCAAGCGGCCGCCCUCCGCGCAGGAGCGCCGCAUCAUGGACGCCGUCGGCAAGUGCGAGAGGCUGCAGGAGGCGCGUGUCUGGAGCUCCCACCGCCUCAAGGUGCUGGAGGACUGCCCGGAGCUGACCAGCCUCACACUGAGCUGUGACGGCGAGUGCGACCGACGCCUGGAGCCUGACCCACCACCACCGGAGAAUAACCAAGGCAACCAAGGAAACAAUGGGCCGCACAUCAUCAUUCAGAACUACGUGCCACAACACCUAAAUAACCAACAACAAGAUGAGCAAGUGCACCAACAUAACCCACAACAAGCCCCGGUACUAUUGCACAACUACAUGGGACACCUCAACGGCCAGCACCACUUCCUCUUCCAAGGCGACGCGCACUUCGGCCACGCAGGGCCCGUCGCCAACGGCGUCAUCGCCCUGGUCCUGCCUGGCUACGGACAGGCCGGCAACGGAGGCGUCCCCAUCGCCAUCGUGGUCCACGCCCACCUCGAUCAGAACCUGGUCCAGCCCAUCGAGCCCGGGGCGCUCAACGGGUUGCCGAUGUUCGGCGAGCCCGAGGGGCACGACUUCGCCGCCCACCCGGUGUACCAGGGCGCGGACGCCCCUGGCGCGCCCGGCCUCGUCGUCGUCACGUUUGGCGGCUUCGGCUUCGGCAUGUUCGCGGUGCACGGCGUGGUGACCUACAACGCGCCGCAGAUGGGGCUCAUCGGCUUCUUCGUGCCCCACGGCUUCCAGCUGCCGCCCAACCUGCCCGCCGGCCCGCUGGCCCACGUCGUGGUGGCGGGCGGACGCGUGGCGCUGCUGCCCGGCCCGCAGGACCACGCGCUCUACGGCCUCUACGAGAACGGCUGGGUCACGGUGCUGGGCGACGCGGGGCCCAUCAUGCUCAUCCAGGCCCAGGGCCAGGUGCACCUCGCGCUCAACUGGCUGAACAUGCUGCAGCAGGCCGUGGAGCCGCACAACCAGCCGGGUCAGGCUGGCAACGGCCCUGACAACGGCCCUGGCGACGGCCCUGGCCCCGGGGCUCAAGAUCCCCCCGACGGCGAGGGCGAGGCAGGGAACGGUCAGCAGGACCAGGAGCCUGCCCAGCAAGACCCCGCCGACCCGCCCGAAGAUCGCUUCACGUGCGUCGAACUCUUCCAGGAGAGCCCGCUGCUGCCGAGGCUGAAGAGGCUGUGCCUGCGCCUGAUGGACUGCGACAAGGUGUCUCCGCUGGGGCACGUGGCGGCCCGCUGCCCCGACUUGGAGGAGCUCACCCUGCACUGCCUCAAAACGGACAGCCACCUCAACGCCAACCUCAGCAUGCUCACCAAUCUCCGUCGCCUGACGCUGAUCGGGGUGCACUACCUCCACCCGGACUCUCUGGAGCAGUGGACUGAGAACACUUUGCCCAGCCUCGAAAGGCUGACGCUGAUCGGUGCCAACCGGAUGCCCUGCCCCUGGAAAUGCUGGGCAGCCGCAGUGAUUAGACUACGCUCCAUGCGCCCCAACCUUGUUAUUGCAGUCAAGGAGUGCAAACACUUCAGAAGUGUUUGAGCGACCGCUGCACAAAUCAUUCUUGUCUUCUUUUACUUAAUUCCACAUGUCUCAUUGUGAAUGUUAGUCCAAUAUUGUGUAUUGUAAUCGUAUGCCAUUCUCUAAAGUUAUUAAGUGUUUUUGUUUCUCAUUGACCUAUGUCACGUUCUUUCUUAUCACGUGCACUGUACUUAGUCAUAAUUUAUUUUUCUACAGUUAUAAGUAUGAAUGUUACCUGUACUGUGUAAGAUGUAAUAGUGAUAGUUAUUUUAUAUCUUUCUUUGUUUUUGUUUGUAAUUCAUAUUUCAAUGACCCUUAGAAAUUUAGACGUCUUAGUCAUCGUUCUUUGUCACUUGUUAGAUAUUAAGAAUUCGUAGUCUUGUCUUUUUGUUUCAAACAUUUUUAGGUGAGAUCAUUGAAUUUAUUGUUAUUCUGGCUGUGAGCUGACAUUGAAAAUAAACAUAUUCCAAUUCCA